GUGGGGGCUGUGUAGGGAGUGGGCAUGGGUGGGUGGGGCAGGAAACUGUGAACACUGGAGUGCACCCCCUGGUGGUGAGCACAGCUUGGGUGGGCCUUGCCAGGCCUGGCUUCUCAGUCCAGGUCCCUGCCCGCCCUGUUUGAGGUUUUGACAGGAUGAGAGUCUCUCCCAGGCCACACAGCAGACUGGUGGCCAAGCUGGCAGGGCUGGAACCAGAGACCUUGGGGCUACCCUGGCCUGAUUCAUGUCUGUCCCCUGCAGAAUUCUCUGAGCUGGUGACAGGUGCCACAGGCACUUGGGAUCUCACCAGAAAGGAACCAACGGAGCUAGGGGCCAGCGAGAUGGCAGACGACACCUUAGCUGGGCUGGAUGAGGGAGCCCUUCGGAAGCUGCUGGAGGUCACAGCGGACCUGGCAGAGCGGCGGCGCAUCCGCUCAGCCAUCCGGGAACUGCAGCGGCAGGAGCUGGAGCGUGAGGAGGAGGCCCUGGCAUCCAAGCGCUUCCGUGCCGAGCGGCAGGACAACAAGGAGAACUGGCUGCACUCUCAGCAGCGGGAAGCUGAGCAGCGGGCUGCCCUGGCACAGCUGGCAGGGCAGCUGGAGUCCAUGAACGAUGUGGAGGAGUUGACUGCGCUGUUGCGAAGCGCCGGUGAGUAUGAGGAGCGCAAGCUGAUCCGAGCUGCCAUCCGCCGCGUCCGGGCUCAGGAGAUUGAGGCGGCCACCUUGGCUGGGAGGUUGUACAGCGGGCGUCCCAACGGUGGCUCCAGAGAGGACAGCAAGGGGCAAGUGGCACACAGGCUGGAACAGUGUGAGGUGUCAGAGCAAGUGGAACAAGAGCAGCAGGCAGAGGUCUCAAAGCCAACCCCCACCCCUGAAGGCACCAGCCAGGAUGUGACCACAGUGACACUCCUGCUGCGGGCCCCUCCUGGGAGCACCUCCCGCUCACCUGCCUCACCCUACAGUUCACCCACCCCUGCCUCUCCCGAGCCUCCAUUGGAGCCUGCUGAGGCCCAGUGCCCUACAGCCGAGGUUCCAGGCAGCCCAGAGCCACCCGCCAGCCCACCCAAGACCACCAGCCCUGAGCCUCAGGAGUCUCCAACGCUCCCCAGCACUGAGGGCCAGGUGGCCAACAAGCUCCUGUCAGGCCACAAAGAGACCCCUGCUGCCCAGAGUCCCCCCAGAGGCCCCUCUGACACCAAGAGAGCAGACCUGGCUAGACCCCGACCCUGCCAACGCUCCCUGUCGGUGCUCAGCCCCCGCCAGCCAGCCCAGAACCGAGAGUCCACCCCCCUUGCCAGCGGACCUUCCUCGUUCCAGCGGGCUGGCUCUGUGCGGGACCGUGUACACAAGUUCACAUCUGAUUCUCCUAUGGCUGCUAGGCUCCAGGAUGGCACACCCCGGGCUGCCCUAGGUCCCCUGACCCCCAAAAGGCUCCUGGGCCCCUCCCUCAUCAGCACCACCCCUGCCUCCUCCUCCAGUGGCUCCUCCUCUCGGGGCCCCAGUGACACCUCCUCCCGGUUCAGUAAGGAGCACCGUGGAGUAGCCCAGCCCCCGGCCCAGCUUCAAAGCUGCCCCCAGGAGGAGGGCCCCAGGGGGCGGGGCUUGGCUGCCAGGCCCCUUGAAAAUGGAGCAGGGGGGCCUGUGGCACGUUCAGAGGAGCCUGGUGCCCCGCUGCCCGUGGCUGUCGGCACUGCCGAGCCAGGGGGCAGUAUGAAGACCACAUUCACCAUCGAGAUCAAGGACGGCCGUGGCCAGGCCUCCACAGGCAACCAGAGGGCAGAACUGACGCUGGGGCUGCGGGCGCCCCCGACCCUCCUCAGCACCAGUAGUGGGGGCAAGAGCACCAUCACCCGUGUCAACAGUCCUGGGACCCUGACUCGGCUGGGCAGUGUCACUCAUGUCACCAGCUUCAGCCAUGCCUCCCCCGGUAGCCGAGGAGGUUGCAGCAUCAAGGCGGCCGAGGAUGCUGGGACCCCUGUGGCCCACCCACCUGCCUUCAGCACCCGCCGCCGCUCCUCCAGCACUGCCUGCAGCACUAGUCUCAUGGAACGAGAGCCAGCAGAGCCUCCCUCUGCAGCAGUGGAAACAGCCAAUGGGGCUGAGCAGACCCAAGUGGACAAAGCACCAGAAGGGCGAACCCCCCUGAGUGCUGAGGAGCUGAUGACUAUUGAGGAUGAAGGAGUCUUGGACAAGAUGCUGGAUCAGAGCACAGACUUUGAAGAGCGGAAGCUCAUCCGGGCUGCACUUCGUGAGCUCCGACAAAGGAAGAGAGACCAGCGGGACAAGGAGCGGGAACGGCGGCUGCAGGAGGCACGGGCCCGGCCAGGGGAGGGUCGCAGCAACACAGCCACUGAAACCACCACAAGGCACAGCCAGCGGGCGGCUGACGGCUCUGCUGUCAGCACUGUUACCAAGACUGAGCGGCUCGUCCACUCCAAUGAUGGCACACGGACGGCCCGCACCACCACAGUGGAGUCGAGUUUCGUGAGGCGCUCGGAGAAUGGCAGUGGCAGCACCAUGGUGCAAACCAAGACCUUCUCCUCUUCCUCCUCAUCCAAGAAGAUGGGCAGCAUCUUUGACCGUGAGGACCAGGCCAGCCCGCGGGCAGGCAGCCUGGCAGCCCUCGAGAAACGCCAGGCUGAGAAGAAGAAAGAGCUCAUGAAGGCGCAGAGUCUGCCCAAGACCUCAGCCUCCCAGGCGCGCAAGGCCAUGAUUGAGAAGCUGGAGAAGGAGGGCGCGGCCUGCAGCCCUGGCGGACCCCGCACAGCCGUGCAGCGAUCCACCAGCUUCGGGGUCCCCAACGCCAACAGCAUCAAGCAGAUGUUGCUGGACUGGUGCCGAGCCAAGACGCGAGGCUACGAGCAUGUGGACAUCCAGAACUUCUCCUCCAGCUGGAGUGACGGGAUGGCCUUCUGUGCCCUGGUGCACAACUUCUUCCCUGAGGCCUUCGACUAUGGGCAGCUUAGCCCUCAGAACCGACGCCAGAACUUCGAGGUGGCCUUCUCAUCUGCGGAGAUGCUGGUGGACUGCGUGCCCCUCGUGGAGGUGGAGGACAUGAUGAUCAUGGGCAAAAAGCCCGACCCCAAGUGUGUCUUCACCUAUGUGCAGUCGCUCUACAACCACCUGCGGCGCCACGAACUGCGCCUGCGCGGCAAGAAUGUCUAGCCUCCCCGCCCGCAUGGCCCACCAGUGGCAAGCUGCUGCCCCCACCCUCCGGGCACCGUUCCCUCCCUGUGCGCCCGCCCACCGCUGCCCUGUCUGUCGCGACACCCUCUCCCCACAUACACACGCGGCGUUUUGAUAAAUUAUUGGUUUUCAACGA